AUGUCCGCCGCGGGGCCCAGGGUCGCCGGUGCAGCCCGCAGGCCGUCAUCCCCGAGGCCUCCGUCGGCCGGCGCCGGAGGGAGGGAGAGGCCGCCGUCGGCCGGCGCCGGGGGGAGGGAGAGGCCGCAGUCGACGACGCCGCGCGGCGACGAGGACCCGCGGGCGGCGGCCGACAGCAAGGCCUCCAACUCCAAGAAGAGGCUGCCGACCGCCACGGCGGCCGCGAGGGGCGCGCUCCCGUCCAUGCUGCUGCGCCGGUCCGAGCUGCUGCGCCGCGGCGGGAAGAACGGGAACAUGCAGUCGCUCAACGUGUCGUGCGCGUCCGAGGCGUCCGACGACUCCUUCUGCAGCCGGGCGUCCACCGGCAGGAUCGGCCGGCCGGCGGGGGCGGCUGCCCGGCGGAGGGCGGCCGCCGGGUCGUCGGCGGGGCCCCCUUCCGCUCGGAAGGCUGCCAGCGUUGCGCCGGACGGUGCAGGAGCAGCUGCUGCGGUGGUGCUGGGUUCGAUGAUCGGAGAACCUGCGGCGCCGCCGGGGCCGCCGAGGUGUCCCUGGGUGACCCGUAACACCGAUCCAUGCUACACUGCCUUUCAUGACCAGGAGUGGGGCGUCCCAGUGCAUGACGACAGGAAACUAUUUGAGAUGCUUGUUCUGUCUGGUGCACUGGCGGAGAUGUCAUGGCCUGUAAUCCUCAGCAAGAGGGACGCCUUCAGGGAAGUGUUCAUGGAUUUCGAUCCUCUACUGGUGUCGAAGCUAAACGAGAAGAAAUUCCUGGGGCCAUGCAGCCCGGCCAGGUCCCUGCUGUCGGAGCACCGGCUUCGAACCAUCGUCGAAAACGCGCACGAGUUACUGAAGAUCAUAGAGGAGUUUGGGUCGCUGGACGAGUACUGCUGGGGCUUCCUCAACUACAAGCCCAUGGUCGGCAGGCACCGGUCGCCCCGGGAGGUGCCGCUGCGGACGCCCAAGGCCGAGGCGCUCAGCCAGGACCUGGUGCGGAGGGGCCUCCGCGGCGUCGGCCCGACGGUGGUCUACGCCUUCAUGCAGGCCGUCGGCAUGGCCAACGACCACCUCGUCACCUGCUACCGCCUCGACGAGUGCGUCGCCGCGGAGGCCUCCGACGGCGGCCACGGCGGCACCAUGGUGAAGGAGAAGGAGAUGGGCAAGAUGUGCGGGAUGAUGAUCGAGUGCGUCAGCCUGGAGAGUUCAAUGGCCGCCGCCAUGAUCAGCAUCUCGUAG